AUGUUGUCCACAACCCUCCUCUUCGCCCUCGACAAUACCAUCGUCGCCAACAUCCAACCCGCCAUCAUCGCCGACUUCGGGCACCUCGAACUGCUCUCAUGGAUCGGAACCGGCUUCGCCCUCGGCACCAUGUUCAUCUUGCUCUGGGGAAAGAUCUACGGUGUCUUCAAUAUCAAAUCGGUGUACAUCUUCAACAUCUUCCUGUUUGAAGUCGGCAGUGCGCUUUGUGGUGCUGCUCCGAAUAUCGAGGCGCUUAUCGUUGGGAGGGUUGUUGCGGGUGUUGGGGGCUCGGGUAUGUAUUCGGGUACUUUGACGUAUGUGUCGGUUCUUUCGGACGAGAAGGAGAAGCCGGCGUAUCUUGCUGGGAGUACUGUUGUUUGGGGGAUUGGUAGCGUGUUGGGCCCAGUGGUCGGCGGCGCCUUUGCGGCAAGUAGCGCCACUUGGAGAUGGGGGUUUUACGUCAAUCUUCCCAUUGGCGCGCUCUUCGCACCUGUAUACUUCCUCCUAUUCCCCAGUAUCGACCCCUGUCCAUCCAAGACGCUCACCGAGAAGCUGCGCCUUGUCGACUGGGUCAACGCCGUCAUCUUCCUCGCUGGUUCCGCCUGCCUAACCGUCGUGCUCACCUUCGGCGGGGUCAUCUACCCAUUCAGUUCCGGAACUGUCAUCGCGCUGUGGACCAUCACAGGCGUUCUGCUUGUCGUCUUCAUCAUCACGCUGAAGUUUCAUCCGUUCGUUACCAAAGAGAAUCGACUAUACCCAUUGCAUUUCUUCAAGCAACCGACAUUGAUCAACAUGCAGCUUCAGGUGUUUCUAUCCUCUGGUAUUAUCCUGGCCAUGACUUACUACAUACCCCUCUAUUUCCAAUUCGUCAAGGGCGAUGGCGCACUCGAGGCCGGCGUUCGUCUCCUACCAUUGAUCAUGUUCAUGGUCUUCGCGUCAAUGGUGAACGGCUUCUUGAUGCCGAGGUAUGGCUUGAUACCUGUCUGGUAUAUCGGAGGGAGCACACUGGCGCUCGUUGGCACGGCUCUGAUGUACACCGUCGAUGAUACUACGGCCAAUGCGAGCAUCUAUGGCUAUAGCAUUCUCGUAGGAGCUGGUACAGGGUGCUACAUCGUCGCAGGUUUUGCCAUUGUGCAGUCUUUGGUUCCUGUUCAUGAGAUAGCCAACGCCGUUGGUGCCAUGACCAUCAGUCAAGACCUCGGUAUGGUUCUCUUCCUCGCCAUCAGCGGCAGCCUCUUUCACAACGUAGCUGUCGACAAAGUCGGCAAGGCGCUCCCGGAGGUCUCCCCCACGGCGAUCGGGAACCUCAUAGCGGGAUCAAGCAGCAAGGCCUUCCAAGCACUGUCCGAUGAAGAGAAAGCUUUGGUCAUUCCCGAGAUAGCCAGUGCCAUGACCAGCAUCUGGGCUUUCUUUCUUGCAGCUGCUGCGCUAAGCGUGAAAGCCAAACUCGGUGAUGGGAAGAAAGGUGCCGCGGUCCCUGCAGCAUGA